CCUGUGAGGAUGCCUGGCCUUCCCUACAAACCUUAAUUUUAAGACAAAAUCAUUUGAAAUCAUUAGAAAAAACUGGAGAGACCUUGCUUACUCUGGAAAACCUGACUAAUCUUGAUAUCAGUAAUAAUAAUUUUCAUUCUAUGCCUGAAACUUGUCACUGGCCAGAAAAGCUGAAAUAUUUGAACUUAUCCAGCACACAAAUACAGAGUUUAACUCACUGCAUUCCCCAGACACUGGAAAUUUUAGAUGUUAGCAAUAACAAUCUCAAUUCGUGUUCUUUGAUUUUGCCACAACUCAAAGAACUUUAUAUUUCCCAAAACAAGUUGAAGACUCUACCAGAUGCCUCCUUCUUUCCCCUGUUAAUAGUCAUGAAAAUCAGUAGGAAUACAAUAAAUACUUUCUCUAAGGAGCAACUUGAUUCUUUUCACAAACUGAAGACUUUGGAAGCUGGUGGCAACAAUUUCAUUUGCUCCUGUGAAUUCCUGUCCUUCACUCAGGAACAGCAGGCCCUGGCUGAGGUCCUGAUUGACUGGCCAGAAAACUACCUGUGUGACUCUCCGUCCCAUGUGAGGGGCCAGCAGGUUCAGGACACCCAUCUCUCAGUUUCAGAAUGCCACAGGGCAGCACUCGUGUCUGGCAUGUGCUGUGUGCUUUUCCUGUUGAUCCUGCUCAUCGGGGUUCUGUGCCACCGUUUCCACGGACUGUGGUACAUGAGAAUGAUGUGGGCCUGGCUCCAGGCCAAAAGGAAGCCUAGGAAAGCUCCCAGCAGGGACAUCUGUUAUGAUGCAUUUGUUUCUUACAGUGAACGGGAUUCCUACUGGGUGGAGAAUCUUAUGGUCCAGGAGCUGGAGAACUUCAAUCCGCCCUUCAAGCUGUGUCUUCAUAAGAGAGACUUUAUUCCUGGCAAGUGGAUCAUUGACAAUAUCAUCGACUCCAUUGAAAAGAGCCACAAAACUGUCUUUGUGCUUUCUGAGAACUUUGUGAAGAGUGAGUGGUGCAGGUACGAGCUGGACUUCUCCCAUUUCCGUCUCUUUGAUGAGAACAAUGACGCUGCCAUUCUUGUGCUUCUGGAGCCCCUUGAGAAAAAGGCCAUUCCCCAGCGCUUCUGCAAGCUGCGGAAGAUCAUGAACACUAAGACCUACCUGGAGUGGCCCAGUGACGAAGCUCAGCAGGAAGGGUUCUGGUUAAAUCUGAGAGCUGCAAUAAAGUCCUAGGCUUGUAUUAGGGGCUAGUCUUGGUCUAGUUGUGGGCUUUCUAUCGCUAGUUGUACCGAAAUUCAUUCUGAUAUGAUUGUAUAAAAACCACGUGAAUGUACCGUCAUUUGAGGACUUUGCUUAUUAAAACUACUAAAACUUCUUUUACUCAAGUGCUGUUUUAUAAAAACUGAACUGAAGAUUUCCAAAGACUGUGUCAAGUCGGUCGGCUUUCUGUGAAGAGACUCACCUGUGGCUACACAGGGCAUUCUCCACACAACCCAGAUGGCACUUCUCUAUGUGACUGCUCACAAGAGCAGCAUGGCAAAACGUUUGGGGCAUUCAGCCACACUUGUUGCUUUUCCUAGAAAAAAGUGCUGUCUGUCCCCAUCUACCUUUACAGGAUGCAAAAUAUCCAGAGGGUAUAUUUUCAUGGGAACUGGGUCUUUUUUGGGUAUUUGAUAGGUUCCUCCAGCCAUAGACUUGAGAGACUUGUGUACAUAACACAAGGUACAGUAAAUGGUAUCUUUCCACAAAAACAAAACUACUCAGGUAAAUAAAAUACUCAGUUUAGAAGAAGUUGAAAGAAGCCUCCCCUGUCCUAACUCUCAUCUUCCUCAGCCUUCAACCACUUGUUAAGUUCCAACUAGUGUUAGUUGCUCUGGCUCUCAGUUCCUGUUUUCUAGUCUACCUUCCGUAUUUUGUGGCUUUUUUCUUCUUUGAAGUCGUCUUGUUUCUAAUUCUAAUAAGGCCUUCCUUUUCUUUUCCUUCUGAAAAUUUAAAAAAGUACAUGUGAGCUAAAUAGAUCCUUAAAAAAGCAUAUACCUAGAAGGCCCUCAUAAUUACUUGAAAAUAGUUUGAUACACAAUAAUUUAAAGAUAGACACCAUAUGUUAAUUUUUAUAAUCUAGAUUUAAUAAUAAAUUACAUUUUGAUGGAA